CCGGGUUUGCUCUCGUUGGAUCCGCGGAGCUGCGGCGCUUUUCCUGCCCUCCAAUAGAUGCAAAGGGUUUCCCGUGACUGACAAUAGCGACUUUGGGGGAGGACCAGGUCGCUGCGAUCCCUCUGGCUUUGUCGCGCCCGGGAAGCCAUUUUGGAGUUUGCUGUAGUGCUCGGGAUUAUCGUGCAGCCCACUAAUCGUUUUCACACACCCCCUUCCCGUUUUCUAUUUCUUUUUUUCUUUUUGAAUAAGCGCCGUUAGCGGUUAUUCAGGAAUCGGGCGUCGGGAUGCGGCUGGGAAGCUGCGCAUUUUCGGCCGUGCUACUCAUCUGGGAUUAAUCGGGAAAGAUAUAAUGCGAACGGACGCGCAGUUCCUCUACGGUCGGACUGAAGAAUGACCAUGGAUUUUUCACGCCUGCACACCUACAGCCCUCCGCAGUGUAGCCCAGAGAACACAGGCUACACCUACUCCCUCAGCUCCAGCUACUCCUCAGCAGCGUUAGAGUACGAGAGGCAGCACGACAUCGACCCCGUGUACGACUCGCCCAGGAUGUCACGCAGGAGCCUCCGCCUGCAAACCGCGGCCGGCCACUACGGCGACGACAGCCUGCUAGACUCCUCCCACAGCCACAGCGCCACCUACAGCGCCGGAGGAAUCAGCCGCAGACAGGCCAAGACACUGAGGAGCAGGCGGACGCAGCAGCUGGUCUCCAUCCCGGUGACACAACACGACUCCGGCUCUGCGAGUCUGCGCAGCUGUGCGGCGAGCGACGCUUCACUGCUGGCCAGCCUGCUGGAUGAAUCGUGCGUGCAGGAGAGCACGCGCAUCGGCAGUUUCUGGGGUUUGGAGCAGGAUUCUCAUCUUAAAGAGCACAGCUUCAAGAUGGACCACACUGUCACGCUGGCCAACGGCGGCAUCGCCACCACGCGCAAGCAGGCCGUUGCCGCUGGCAACGGCUACAUCUGCAGCAACUGCAGCAUCCAUUCCAAAAGGAAUGAGGCCCUCACUGCCUACUCCUCCAGAUCCUCCUCCUCCUCCUCCUCCUCUUUUCCUCAGCCGGCCUCCGAGGCGACUUGCUCGCUGGCUUCCACCGUCUACACCCGGGACAGGGGUCAGGCCGUGAAGACAGGUGUCCUGGUGACCGCCUCUCGUGCCUGCGUGCGAUAUGCCGGCCUGGCGGUCUCCGCUGUAGCGUCUGUCGUGACGCUCCUAAUGCAGCGCAUUUUGUUGGCGUUGGGAUGCAGGGCCCAGGCUCCCAGUGACGAAGGUCCGUCGCCACAUCCUGUGGUGCGUCUCUCGGACGUGUUGCUGGACUAUGCCAGAUGGGCGGUGACCGCUGUGAUGUCCUGCAUCACAUCGCUGAGUGUUCUGCUGAAGAUGGGCUCUGGGGCCCAGGGCCACGAGGGCAGUGUGUGUGAUGGAGCACACUCCAGCUACUGCGGCGGCGUGAACGUGAAGGCCCUGGCCACGGCGGACAGUCACCUGGUCUUUAACGGCUCUCUGUGUGACGACUGCAAAGGGAAGCAGCACACGAAGAUGCUCACGGCUCACGCUCAGUCCGGCGGGAAAAGCCGCCUGCGGGGGGCGCUGUGGAGCAUCAUUGCUUACACAGGUUCUGCUGUGCUGCAGGCCAUCCGGGCCCUAGGGGGCGCCGGCGUCUUUGUGCUCCGGAAGCUGCUGUUACUCCUCUACCUGGUUAUGGUGUCCCCAGGGAAGGCAGCGGCCGGCGCCUUCUGGUGGCUGGGGACGGGAUGGUAUCAGCUGGUCACCCUCAUGUCUCUCUUGAACGUAUUUAUCCUAACCCGGUGCCUCCCGAAACUCCUACGGCUGCUGUUGCUCCUGCUUCCCCUCCUGCUGCUCCUGGGCCUGUGGUUAUGGUUUUCGUCCAGCCUGCUGCCCUACGUGCCAGCAGUGAAUCUGACAGAAUGGCAGGCGGGGGCACCCAUCAGCCUCCUCUUGCGCCUACCCCAGACCCUCUACGCAUCCUGGGGGCAGCUCAGCACAGCGUCGCCCAGGCCCCCGGCCACCGUCACACAGCCCGACCUGGCCGUCACUGUGAGCCUGGAGCGCCUGGACCGGCUGGAGCAGCAGCUAGAGCAGCUGUGGGGCAGCAUGAAGGCAGACGGCCGGCUGCGGGAGGAUCAGCGCUCUGAGCUGCUGGGCCUCUACCAGGCUCUAGGCCAGCAGCUGGAGCAGCAGACGGACAGGAGCAGCCUGGGCCUCUGGGUGUCUGACCUGCUGGACCAGAGGCUGACCCUGCUGAGGGAGGAGCUGGGGAAGGAUGCGGCGCAGAGGGAGCAGACUCAGACGGAGUACCUGACGGAGCAGCAGCGUCACGGAGCCCAGCUGACGCAGAUGGGGGCGCUGCUGAAAGCCCUAGCAGCCAAAAUGGAGGAGGUGCAGCAAAAACAGGAGACGCCCCCACAGGCUCUGGAGAGUGCAAAUGCAGACAGGGAAGCACGUGAUGCCCUCCUGGCAGAGCUGCGGCGGUUGGAGGCAGAGAUGGACCGUAUCAGGCACGACCUGCAGGGGGUGCUGGGAUGCCGGGGCAGAUGUGAGCAGCUGGACAGCCUGCAGGAUACGGUGUCCGCGCAGGUGCGGCGGGAGCUACGGGCGCUGUUUUACGGAGGCGAGCAGACGGGCCAGGGCGAGCUGCCUGAGCCCCUGCUGCCGUGGCUGUCGGCACGCUUCGUGAGCGGCUCUGACCUGCAGGGGGCGCUGACGGCCCUGGAGCUCAGCAUCCUGAGGAACGUCACACUGCAGGCGCAGCAGACCGGCCAGCCCCCCUGUGAGCGGAGCGUGACGGAGACGGUGGUGCACGCCGCUGGUGCAGCUGGGAUGUCGGAGGAGCAAGUUAAGCUGAUCGUGCAGAAUGCCCUGAACCUUUACUCGCAGGAUCGGACGGGCCUGGUGGACUACGCCCUCGAGUCCGGAGGUGGUAGCGUCCUCAGCACACGCUGCUCGGAGACGUACGAGACCAAGACGGCCCUGAUGAGCCUCUUCGGCGUGCCCCUCUGGUACUUCUCCCAGUCUCCCCGUGUCGUCAUUCAGCCGGACGUCUACCCCGGGAACUGCUGGGCCUUCAAAGGCUCCCAGGGGUACCUGGUGAUCCGGCUCUCGCUCAGCAUCCAGCCCACCGCCUUCUCGCUGGAGCACAUUCCCAAGGCUCUGUCGCCCACCGGCAAUAUCACCAGCGCCCCCCGGCAGUUCGCCGUCUAUGGUCUGGAUGACGAGUAUCAGGAAGAGGGUAAACUGCUGGGCCGCUACAUCUACCAGGAGGACGGCCACUCGCUGCAGACCUUCCCUGUCACGGAGGAGAAUGACAGGGCUUUCCAGAUCAUCGAGAUGCGGGUGCUGUCUAACUGGGGUCACGCGGAGUACACCUGCCUGUACCGAUUUCGGGUACACGGGGAGCCCAGGACCCAAUGAGGCCGUCCCUGCAGUGUCGUUACCAGCAAUGUUAUGAAUGGCGAAGGACAUUUUAUAGCAGAGGUUUGUUACAGAAAGCAGACAGUCAAAGAAGCUACUUUAUUAUCAACACAGAAAGCCACGUAAUUUAAUGGAACUUAGUGGGAGGGGAGGGACUUGCAUGGAACUCCUUCCACUCCUGCUGAUUGCAGCUUAUGUCCAGCACUGAUUGGCCCUUUCUGGAUGGACCCUGAUUGGCUCUGCAGCAGAGGUGGCAGUAAGUGGUCUACAAGGGUCCCUUACCUGGAAACGGACAAGGCUUGAUUUCUUCUCUUCGCUGUUUAUUUUAUUUUAUUCUCUUUGGUUUGUUUCCAUUUUCAUUUUUGAAUUCGGCUAUUGACGGUGGAGUCUACUUUGUAAUCUAAGGCUUAUGGGUCGCACCAGAACCCCACUUGGACCUCCAGAGUUACACUUCUCUGUCCACUGGGGGUUCAUCUGUUGGUGGUGUUUCCCGGUUCUGACAAGAUGACAGAUGAUAGACACCACAGCAAUGGCUCGCAUUCUCAGACUGUCGUUUCAGGUGCAGCGACCAGCAACCCCUCCCAGUGACCCACCUGCCCUGUUCCGUUCCCCACAUUUUGAAACAUCGCAUUUUGUAGAUGCUUUAACACACUAGACACAAUAGCCUGAGGAAGGGGGGGGGAACCACAGAACUGGUCCUUCAGAGGUGAUUUGCCGGAUCACUGUAUUAAUAGAUAAAAUUAUGCUUCAUGAGCCAUUUGCUGUAUUUUUUAUCCCCACUAGAGGGUGCGCUUGGUUUGCUUUGGAACAUGCUUUGUGAGAGCACCAUCUAGUGGGGUCAAAAAAUACAGCAAACGGUUCAAGAAACAUUAUUUUGUCCAUCAAUAGGUAACUGCCUCAGCCAAGUCAAGUGCAAAGCAGAGCACCCUGGGGGCCUCAGGUCAAUAUGCAGUGGCACUGACACAAUGGACAUGACCAAGAGGCAAACUUCUGAAGUCUUUUGGUAAUGUGUACACCCUCACGCAGGUGUUGACACUAAAUUGAGUAUCAGUUCGUCGCAGUUGGGCGGCGUGAAAUCAGACUCGGCUGUUUAGCCAGACGCACUUAGGAUGAUGAAUGCCUAGCUGUUCCACAGCACUGGAUUUCGAAGCUUCUACUGCUUGGCUGACAGGCUUCGCGAGCUUGCAGUAUGGCGGCUCCCGCUAACAAGGACUGUGUCCUCAUUUAGAGGCUGCUCUAACCAGAAACUGCACAGGAAUGUGACCUGAAUAUUGUUAAUAGCUGGUACAUCAAUCUGUUAAUAUCAGUGUUGCUUUGGGAGAAUGUGGGCGGGAGCGCACCCUAUAAAAAGUAAUUGUUGCUGUUAUUUUGUUUGUUGUGAUUUUAAUUCAGUUUUAUUUACAGAAGUAUAUGCUUUUAUUACCUGAUAGGGGAAACAAGGGCACACGAGAUCCCAGAAUUUGUCUAGAAGAAAAAAAAGAACUUAUGUCCAGUGAGAAUCCAUCUGUAAAAACAUUAUUGGGAAUUGUUCAUGCGCUAUUUAUUUUGUCUAAAAUAACGACUUAUUGAAAAGAGAGGAUGUGGUGCAAUUUAUUUUUAUAAAAUGCUUUUGAGUAAUUUUUUGAACGUUUUUGGGAGUUUUUUUUUAUUUGUCAUUUUUGCUCUUGUAAAAUUUGCGAAAUGCUAUGGUACUGUUCAAAUAAAUACUUUUUAACGGCUUUUAA